UUAUGAUUGGUAUUUCAUUGUCUAGGUCGAAUAUACAAAUUUAUAUUUUUUGUCCAUUCAAAUGAUCACAAACUCUAUGUUGAUACAGAAAUAGAAAUACACACACAUUAAUUAUGCUAGUUUAGUGAUUGUUGUGUUGUUUUUGUUUUUAACACUUUCUUUUCAAUUCAUUCGCACUUUUCUUCGGGGGGUUUAUUCAAAAUUCAAUAGUUUUGAUUAGUUAACCGAACUGUUUCCGGAGGUAAUACCAGUGAAGUGUGGAUUAUUAAUAUUAUCAUUAGCCGAAAAAUAUAUAAUUAAUUCAAGUUUACAGUAACAAAAAAUCAAUAAACUAGUGAGUUCAUCUAUUAAAUCAGGUCGAUAGUUUCUCUUAUUUCACCUAGUUAAAAUUUGUUUUAAUUUUAUCCAACAUACAGUAGUAGUUUUGUCAAAGAAAUCACAAUAAAAACAUGCGUAAUGGUCAAGGAAAAGAAGUUGCAUCAACACGUAUAAUGAUUAAAAAAUAUGUAAAAUUAGAUCCGGAUGAUGAGUUCAGUUCAACAACACUAAUUAAACGACAUGGUGAACAAUUGAAAAACAAACAUAAACCUUCAAAAUGGUGUCGAUUACAUAUAACCAAUGAUGAACUAUGGUUAUCUGGUGCUUAUUGGUGGCCUAAUUCCAUAUUGAAUGGUAUUCAUUUAAGUGAAAUCAAUUGUUUAGUGACAUUUUAUUCAACACCUAAUUUAUUAGCUUUGGGUAUAGCUUCACGUUUAUAUAAAUCUGAAAAAGAAUAUGUUAUACUCUGUACAAAAAGCGGUACAGAUCGUGAACAGUUAGUGAACACUUUAAUCACUCUUUGUGGAAAUCGAUGUACACAAUCGGAAAGAAAAUUUACUGUUCCAAUCGCUGGACCUACUGUUGAUAUAGUUGAAAUUUCAUUAUCACCUGAUUUAAAACAAUCAGUUACUACAAGCAAAUCGGUAGAAAUGAAUCAUGAAUCUGGUGUUCAUUCCAUAUCCAAAAAUUAUCCUGAAACAUAUACAAAACCGACAACAAUCAAAGUAGAAAGAUCUCUGUCACCUACUCAUAUAUCAACAAUAACAGCUUCACCUGAUCAUACAACUAGUAAUGUUAUUACUGCAACUACUAUCACUGCCACUAAUACUGGCAAUUACAAUAAUGCUGCAGAUAACUAUGGCGUUCACUACAAUGAAUAUGAUACUGUCAAUGCACCAUAUCCUACAUCACCAUUACAGAAACCAUUUCAAGAAUUCCAAUGGAUGUCAGCGGAUAAUGUAAGACCAUAUCGAUUAAAACGUUUUAUAGCACCUUAUUCUGAAGGACUAGAGUCUGGUUUAAAUCCAAAAGAUUUGAUACAUGUCUGUUAUCAUCCAAAACAUGGGAAUAUUAUCACACCAGAUGGACCUAUUUAUUUAUAUUGUGUCAGUUGUCCUACUGAAUGAAAAACAAACAGACAAAUUAACAAAUUCCAAAUGAAAAUAAUGUAUAAUUAAUCUCAGCAUUACCACUAUUGCUACUAAUCAUUUUUAGUCAUUGUACUUGAUACCAAAUUAGCGAUCGAUACACAUUCCAACAGUAGACAAAAAUCCCUAUCUCAAACGAAAUGCUCGUAACGACACAUUUUCUGUGUAAUGUGAAUUCGUUAAUUUUUUUUUUCUUAAACAGGAUGUACUAUUUGUCUGUUUUCCUUACAAUGUCAUUGAUUAUUUCAAUACAAUAAAAUCUUUACAGAAGACUAACUGAAAAACAAUAACACAAUAACAGAAUGGUAUCUGUUAUUAAUGAUUUUAAUGAGAAACAAUAUCACAGAAGACUUGUUUAAAAAAAUCCAUGCAUAAAUUUGUUUUGUUUUAUUUUUACAAGAGUUUAGAAAUAUAUAAAGAUAUUUA